AUGUCUUACUGGAGUAGCACGCGAUGCUCUGAGCGUCUUCAUGACAAGAUGGUCGUUGCCAUUUUGAAAGCUCCUGUUAUGUUCUUUGAUUCGAAUCCCGUGGGAAGAAUCCUUCAUCGAUUUCUAAAGAUAUUGGUUGGUUGGACGAGCAGUUACCCAAAACGUUUCAGUCAGCGAUCGAUCGAUACAGUUUUACUUGUGUCUGCGUCAAUUAUCAUCCCGACUGUUAUGAAUCCUUGGCUAUUUUUCGUACUUGUACUCGACCCCCUCUCGACCCCCUCUCGACCCCCUCUGGACCAGUAAACAUCUUCAGCGUCUACGCCCCCACACUCUGAGGAGCUUGAGGCCAAGAUCAGAGAGAUCCCACAGAAAGAAGACUUGUUCCUACUUGGAGACUUCAACGCCCGGGUAGGCUCAUGGCCGCGUUGCAUAAGACACUUCGGAGUGGGCAAGCUUAAUGAGAACGGACAGCGGCUACUUGAACUCUGCACUUUCCAUGGUCUGUGCAUCACCAACACCUUCUUCUCCGCUAAACCGCAUCACAGAGUGUCCUGGAGACACCCCAGAUCCAAGCACUGGCACCAGUUGGACUUGGUCAUCACCAGGAGUACCCUGCUCAACCACGUGCUCAUCACUCGCACCUACCACAGUGCCGACUGCGACACGGACCACUCCGUGGUCUGCAGCAAGGUGCGUCUCCAGCCCAAGCGCAUUCAUUGCUCCAAACAGCAAAGACGCCCCCGUAUCGACAGAGCCAGAGUUUCACUCCCAGGACCGCGUGAGCGCUUUGCCGAGACCAUGGAGAAAGCCUUAGAGGACUGCCCAACUGACAGUGCCACAGCGCGAUGGAGCUACAUCCGAGACGCCAUGUAUGAGGCGGCCUCAGACGCCUUCGGAAUGCGGGAGAGAAAAAGUGAAGACUGGUUCGAGGCGGGGAUCUAGGAGAUGGAGCCCGCCAUCACUGCCAAGAGCACCGCAAUCCUCGAGCACAAGAAACAGCCCUCUAAGGAAACACUGGCUGCCUACAGAGCUGCUCGCAACAACGUCAAGAGGAUUGCUCGCAAGUGUGAAAAUGACUACUGGCUCGACCUGUGUAACAGCAUCCAAAUCGCCUUGGACUGUGGCAACAUCCGCGCCAUGUAUGAGCGCAUGAAGAAAGCCUUCCGCCCUAGCGCCAUCAAGAUUGCUCCCCUCAAGUCCACCACAGGCGAGAUCAUCACAGACCGCGGAAAACAGAUAGAGAGAUGGGCGGAGCAUUACCAGGAGCUGUAGUCUCGGGAGACCACUGUCACCAACACCGCCAUCGAGAACACCACCCUACCCACCAUGGAAGAGCUUGACACACCACCCACAGUCGACGAGCUGAGGAAAGCCACCAAGUCCCUUGCCAGCGGCAAAGCACCAGGCAGUGACGGCCUUCCCCCCGAGAUUGUCAAGCUAGCAAGCGAGAGUUCUCUUCUCGGCCACCUGCACGAUCUCCUGCUCCAAUGCUGGGAGGAGGGCACGAUACCCCAGGACAUGCGGGACGCUAAGAUUGUCACGCUCUACAAGAACAAGGGCGAGCGCAGCGAUUGCAACAAUUAUCUUGGGAUAUCCCUUCUCAGCAUCGUAGGAAAGGCCUUUGCUCGCGUCGUGCUUAGCAAACUGCAGUUGCUGGUUGACCGCGUUUACCCAGAGUCGCAAUGCGGGUUCCGUACAGAGAGAUCGACAAUCGACAUGGUAUUCUCCCUCAGACAGCUUCAAGAGAAGUGCCGCGAACAGAAACGCCCACUUUACCUUUCCUUCAUCGACCUGACCAAGGCCUUCGACCUGGUGAGCAGAAACGGUCUCUUUACCCUUUUGGAAAGAAUUGGGUGUCCGCCAAAGCUCCUGAAGAUGAUCAUAUCCUUCCGCGACGACAUGAACGGUACAGUCCAGUUUGACGGAUCAUCCUCAGACCCCUUUUUAAUCAAGAACGGCGUGAAGCAAGGGUGUGUCGUGGCCCCGACACUUUUCGGUGUGUUCUUCUCCCUUCUCUUGUGCUAUGCCUUCCGCGAGUCUGAAGAUGGCAUCUUCCUCCACACCAGGAGCGACGGGAACCUCUUCAACUUGGCCCGCCUCCGUGCUAAGACCAAGGUGCGCAGAGUUCUCAUCAGGGAGAUGUUGUUUGCGGAUGAUGCUGCCCUCACCGCCCACACCGAGGAGGCACUGCAGCGGCUCAUCACACGCUUUGCGGAAGCCUGCAAUGACUUUGGCCUAACCAUCAGCCUGAAAAAGACUAACAUCAUGGGCCAGGAUGUCAGCGUCACCCCACACAUCAUCAUUGGCGAGCACGCCCUAGAGGUAGUCGACAACUUCAACUACCUUGGCUCCUGUAUCUCCAGCAACCUAUCCCUGGACUCUGAGCUCAAUGUUCGGAUAGAAAAAGCAGCAACGGCAAUGGCUCGCCUCGCAAAGAGAGUUUGGGACAAUUCCCUGUUGACCAUCAACACAAAGAUAAAGGUGUACCAAGCCUGCGUCCUGAGCACCCUUCUCUACGGUAGUAAGACAUGGACCCUCUACUCCCGCCAGGAACGCAGGUUGAAUGCCUUUCACAUGCGCUGCCUUAGACGACUCCUUGGCAUCACCUGGCAAGACCGCAUCACAAAUGCAGAGGUCCUAUCACGGGUAGGUCUACCCAGCAUGUAUGCCAUGCUGACCCAGAGAUGACUGCGCUGGCUCGGCCAUGUAUGCAGAAUGGAUGAUGGACGCAUCCCAAAGGACAUCAUGUACGGUGAGCUCGCCACAGGGACGCGGCCAACAGGACGACCAACUCUGCGCUAUAAGGAUGUCUGCAAGCGUGACUUGAAGACCUGCAGCAUCAGCCCUGGAAACCUUGAGUCAGCAACAGCCGACUGUACGCUGGCGAUCGACUGUCAAGGCCGGCGUCAAACAAGCCGAGUUGAAGAGGGAGAGCCAGUGGGAGGAGAAGAGGACUCGCAGGCUCCAUUCUGCCCCCAUUCCACCAACCCCCACAAAUGACUUUACCUGCGCAAAAUGCCAGCGGGUCUGCGGCUCCCGCAUUGGGCUUCACAGCCACAGCCGGCGGUGCAGCUUGACGUGAUUUUACUUCUUAGGUGCAGAUUUCCAUUGUCUUCCGAGACAGACGGUUGCCAACAACAACAACCGUUGAUUGUGUCUGUUAUAUACUUCGCCACGUAUUAUUUGAAGACAUCCCGGGAGCUUAUGAGGUUAGCGUCCAUAUGUCGUAGUCCAGUAUUCUCUAAAAUUUCGGAACCCCUUGAUGGACUGGACACGAUUCGAACCAGAGGGCGACAAAGUGAUUUUGUGGAGGAGUUUUACAGGUGGGUUUAUUAUAAUUACCUUAAUAAGGAAGAUACAGUCCUCAGGGUGUGUCAACCGGUGUCAAACAGAGGGUACUCAAAAGUUUUUGCCACCUGAAUAUUGUUGGUUGUUUGCUUAAAAAAAGGCUUACAAGCAAGAGCACCCAGGUCUCUCCCCCUUACUACGCCCUUGGUCCCCACUUAUGAAAAAGGGUAGAAAUAAAGUCCACUAAAAGCUCUGACAUUUUUUCCCUCUGCUUAUUUUGGGAGAAAUAAGUGCGAUGUCUCAGUGAUUAAUGGAUGUUUUUUUCGGUCCCUUAGAAGUUAAAUGGACCAAACAACAAUACAACCUCCUCUAAUUUUUCUUUUGUAUGUGGGUUUUCCUAAAGACAUCACGAUGUUCUUAAUCAAGCAAACAUCUUGGUAUUGGCCAGUGGGAAAUGGAUCAGUGUGCGCUUUGAGAUUCUUGCAUCACUAUUUAUUGAUGCAGUGGCUUUAGCAGCUGUUUUGGUAUCUCAAGAUGCCGGUCAGCAUAUAGUCAAUAAACAGAACAAAGCCUAAAUCAUAAAUAUAUCUUUAAAUUAGUGAACGAAACCUCAAUAAAAACCAAAGCAGUCAUAUCAGCUUCUCAGAAAUAUGGUGAUCAGUAAAAAGGCGUAUACGUAGUACAAGGCAUUCGAAUAGACCCGUGAGAAGUUUUAGAGCCACUUUAAACAGCACGUGUCCGCAUGCGAUCCAAACAGGCCUCCAUCAAAGCAACUGCAGCGAUCCUCAUAAAAGAACUUGCCCUUGAUGAUUAACCCCUACACUGCCUUACAUCACCUCCUACGACAAGGUCCAGUGAUUAGAAACUUCUUUGACUAUUUGAUGUAGAAAACCAAUUAGUAACUUGUUUGGUAAGAUCUAAGUGUCCAAUUUUUCGUUCAAUCAGCUUUUGCUGGACUUGCCUUGGCCUACGUCGUCGAAAGAUUUGGGCCGACUCAAAACGCCGUAAGAAAAACCGCGGAAGUCGAGAAUUUAAUGACGUCAGUUAAACGAGUUAUUACGUAUACCAAGUUUGAGUGUGAGUCUGGAUACAUAAUAGAACGACGACCCCCGGAAAAAUGGCCAAGUGAAGGAAAUAUCAUACUUAAAGACGUUUCACUAGCAUAUUACCCGGGAGGACCGCAAGUGUUGAACAACAUCAAACUCAAUAUCGAAGGAGGAGCAAAGAUCGGUGUUACUGGCCGGACGGGGUCUGGAAAGUCAUCUUUUGUGGCAGCUCUAAUACGCAUGCCUGAAUCUGUGGUGAAAUAA